CUUUCACCCCCUUCCAGUCUGGACACUUUCCCCCCCUUCCAGUCCGGACACUUUCACCCCCUUCCAGUCCGGACACUUUCACCCCCUUCCAGUCCGGACACUUUCACCCCCUUCCAGUCCGGACACUUUCACCCCUUCCAGUGCGGAUACUUUCCCCCCUUCCAGUCCGGACACUUUCCCCCCCUUCCAGUCCGGACACUUUCACCCCCUUCCAGUCCGGACACUUUCCCCCCCCUUCCAGUCCGGACACUUUCACCCCCUUCCAUCCGGACACUUUCCCCCCCUUCCAGUCCGGACACUUUCCCCCCUUCCAGUCCGGACACUUUCACCCCCUUCCAGUCCGGACACUUUCCCCCCCUUCCA